CCGCCGUCAACCCCAGAAGCUUCCGAGGACAACUGGUGUAACACACACAUACACAAGCGUGCACACAAGACGCACACUAUAAAAGAGAGAGGAGAGGAAUGCUGCGUUCACGUUCAUCUCCUCGCUUCCUCUACGCAAGGCCGCGUCAGCGUCAGCAUGGCAGAGAAAAAGAUGACGCUAAGUCGGAGGAAUUUCCUGAAGAGCUUGCUGCUGCAGAUUGGCCAGGAGAUGUUGGACGAGGAGGCGGAGAAGGUGGAGGAAGAGAAGAGCAGAUAUAUGGAGGAGAACUGCCCCGCCCUCUCUGUGCCGGCGUGCAUGCAGGAGCUGCAAGAGCUCUGUCGGAAGCUUCACAAGCAGAUCGACUUGGCGGAUGAGGAAAGGUACGACAUGGAUAUGAAAGUGAAGAAGUCGGAAAAGGAGGUCAACGACCUGAAGCUAAUGGUUCAGGAUCUCAAUGGAAAGUUUAAGAAGCCCGCUCUGAAGAGAGUGAGAAUGUCGGCGGAUGCCAUGCUGGCCGCUCUUCUGGGGUCCAAACACAAAGUAUCCAUGGACCUGAGGGCCAACCUGAAGCAGGUCAAGAAGGAGGUGAAGGAGGAGGAGAAGCAGACCGGUGACUGGAGGAAGAACGUUGAAGACAAAGCUGGGAUGGAUGGCAGGAAGAAGAUGUUUGAGACAGAGGCCUGAGCUACUGUGUAUAUUUCUUAUUUGUGAAAACAUUGUUAUGUUUUUAGACAUUAUGUGGAUUAGACAAGGUAAAGAUAUAAAAUAAAAUACAAGAAGAAAUAAAAAAGGAACGAAAACAAUUCAAUAACAUUAGUUUAA